AUGAAGAGAUGGUCGUGGCUGCCCUCUUGCACGAUAUCGGCGACCUGCUCGCGCCGCACAACCACAGUGAAAUGGCCGGCCGCCGUGUUGAGGCCCUACGUGUCCGAACGGACCUACUGGGUAAUCAGGCAGCACGGCCUGUUCCAAACCUACUACUACGCCCACCACAUGGGCGGCGACCGCAACGCCCGCGACCGGUAUAUCGACCACCCGUGGUACCAGGACGCGGUGGAUUUCUGCCACCGUUGGGACCAACCGUCAUUCGACCCUGAUUACGACACCCUCACUUUGGAAUUUUUUGAGCCUGCGGUUAGGCGGGUGUUCGCCCGCGAACCCUUCAGCGCUGGGAGAGAACAACCAUGA